UUUGCCACUAGCAGCCAACCAGUCGGGCCCAAGUCCGCGGGCAAGAAGCGAUUGGGGCGAGUGAGCUCGGCCCCGCGGUCCCCCGUCUGGGUGCCCCCCGCCCGAGCCCGGGGCGGUAUAUUCUGCCCUCCCCGGCCACCUCCCCCUCGUGGAAGCGGUGCGGCGGCCUCGCAGUAACGCAGAAGCGAAAUGUAGCCAGCCGGGUGUCGCGGCUGGACGCUCGCCUUGCCUGGGGGUGUGGGGGUGCACGCCGGGGGCCGAGGAGGACUGCCGAGGAGGAGAAGUGAUGAGAAGAGGGGGAACCUUGCACCCCCCGAGACCACGGGUCCUUGCUGCCACUCGCCAGGCGCCCCCCUUCCUCCCAAGCGAGGGGCAGGUGUUCCAUACAGAUUCUUGUGACUUUAAGGACCAGGGAUUUGGGAAGCUACGAGGUCUUCCCAGGAAGGAAGGAAAUCUCUGGAAGAAGGGAGAGAGACGGCAGACACUGCCCUGGGACCAGCAGAGCCCGAGGAGCUGUGGAAAAGAGCCCAGCCAGAGGCCGGGGAAGGAGCUGCAGCCCCAGCCCAAGUCUGCCUUCUGAAAGAUCUGAACUCAAGCUACUUUUCAUGAAAGAAGGCCACCUCAGAGGGCACCCCCAGACUUGACUGGGCUCUUCUACUCCUCUGGAUGCCCCCUGCUCAGAGGAGCCUGCGCUGAGAACCAAAGAAGAGGCCAGAGAAGUCUCCCCCAAGCCCGGCGCUGGCCGGCUGGGUCAGGCAUCUGCACCCCUAGCGGCCAGCUGCAGAGUCUGGUUAAGACUUUCUUGCUUCCUUCCAGCUCGUGGCUUCAGUGCUUGAUGGGGCUGCCUGUUGGUGGAUCAGUUUUUGCAGCGCCUGGUAGGAGCGGAGAGCCGUGGGAAGAGGUCCCGCGGCAAUCAAGCCUGGGUUCACCCCAAGACUAAGUUUUUUCCCAAGUUAGAAAGGGAGAGAAAGCCAAAAAAGAGAGGAAAGCUCCCCUUUCUCCUCCUCCCUUCCCGUCAUGUCCUCUAAGCCGGAGCCAAAGGACACCCACCAGCUGAACGGGACUGGCCCUCCUGUUUCACCCUGCUCUUCUGAUGGCCCUGGGCGAGAGCCGUUGGCCGGGACCUCAGAGUUCCUGGGGCCCGAUGAGGCUGGGGUAGAGGUGGUGGUGAUCGAGUCUCGGGCCAACGCCAAGGGGGUUCGGGAGGAGGACGCCCUGCUGGAGAACGGGAGCCAGAGCAAUGAAAGUGACGACGUCAGCACGGACCGUGGCCCCGCACCACCCUCCCCGCUCAAGGAGACCUCCUUCUCCAUCGGGCUGCAAGUGCUGUUCCCCUUCCUCCUGGCAGGCUUUGGGACUGUGGCUGCUGGCAUGGUGCUGGACAUCGUGCAGCACUGGGAAGUCUUCCAGAAGGUGACGGAGGUCUUCAUCCUGGUGCCUGCGCUGCUGGGGCUUAAGGGGAACCUGGAAAUGACCCUGGCAUCGAGGCUUUCCACCGCAGCCAACAUUGGGCACAUGGACACACCCAAGGAGCUCUGGCGGAUAAUCACUGGGAACAUGGCCCUCAUCCAGGUGCAGGCCACGGUGGUGGGCUUCCUGGCUUCCAUCGCGGCCGUCGUCUUUGGCUGGAUCCCUGACGGCCACUUCAGUAUCCCGCAUGCCUUCCUGCUCUGUGCCAGCAGCGUGGCCACAGCCUUCAUUGCCUCCCUGGUCCUGGGCAUGAUCAUGAUUGGAGUCAUUAUUGGCUCUCGCAAGAUAGGAAUCAACCCAGACAAUGUGGCCACGCCCAUUGCUGCCAGCCUGGGCGACCUCAUCACCUUGGCACUGCUCUCAGGCAUCAGCUGGGGACUCUACCUGGAGCAGGGUGUCUGGCAAUACAUCUACCCCCUGGUGUGUGCCUUCUUCGUGGCCCUGCUGCCUGUCUGGGUGGUGCUGGCCCGACGGAGCCCAGCCACAAGGGAGGUGUUGUACUCGGGCUGGGAACCUGUCAUCAUUGCCAUGGCCAUCAGCAGUGUGGGAGGCCUCAUCUUGGACAAGACUGUCUCAGACCCCAACUUUGCAGGGAUGGCUGUCUUCACACCUGUGAUUAAUGGUGUUGGGGGCAAUCUGGUGGCCGUGCAGGCCAGCCGCAUCUCCACCUUCCUCCACAUGAACGGGAUGCCAGGGGAGAACUCUGAGCAAGCCCCUCGCCGCUGCCCCAGCCCUUGUACCACCUUCUUCAGUCCCGAUGUGAAUUCUCGCUCGGCCCGGGUCCUCUUUCUCCUCGUGGUUCCAGGACACCUGGUGUUCCUCUACACCAUCAGCUGUAUGCAGGGCGGGCACACCACUCUCACACUCAUCUUCAUCAUCUUCUACAUGACAGCUGCACUGCUCCAGAUUCUUUUCCAUUAUAGGUUAUUACAAGACAUUGAAUAUAGUUCCCUGUGCCAUACAGUGCUGAUUCUCCUGUACAUCGCAGACUGGAUGGUGCACUGGAUGUGGGGCCGGGGCCUGGACCCGGACAACUUCUCCAUCCCGUACUUGACGGCUCUGGGGGACCUGCUUGGCACUGGGCUCCUAGCACUCAGCUUCCACGUUCUCUGGCUCAUUGGGGACCGAGACACGGAUGUGGGGGACUAGCCUGGCCACUCAAGCUCCUCUCCACCCCUCUGCACUUUCUUUCGAAAAUUGGGUUUUGUUCUCCUUCCCCCCCCCCUCCACUCCACACUCCCACCUCUUUCUAGGACUUCACUUUGAUACUGAAUUCUCAUUAUUUUCAAUGGGAAUUUUUAUACAUUGAGCCAAGUUUGUAUAGCAAGAAUUCAGGCAGGACAGAUGGACUGCGAUGCACAGUACAAGUUGAUUUUUGAGACAAUCACCAAGUGCAAUUUCAUGGUGGGUGCCUCCAGGUGAGGGGCUCGGGGCAGGGGUUUCUGUCUGGAAUCUGGGGCUAUUUGGUGUAGCUUUAGCAAACUCAGUCUUGCACCUAAUGAGGAAACCCUUUGUGAGUGGGCUCUGGUUUUUUCGGUUUUGUUUUUGUUUUCUUUUUUUCUUUUUGGUUGAACAGAUGGAGAAAUAGCACUCUCCUCUUCCCUCCCCCACGUGCAUACUUCUUCUAGAAAUGGACCAACUUCAGAGCGCUAGGCAGGAGACAGCUUGCUCCUUGCCCGAAAUAAUCCUAGCCCUAUUCUCUGCCCUUCUGCUUUCAAAAAGAGUGGGGUGGACUAUUUAAUUGUGUACCUGGUUCCCACCCAGUUGCCUGAUAAAUACCACCAACCCCUCCCUUUGAUCUUUUUCCAGCAGAUUGUCUCAUCCAGGAAGAAAUGAGUGGUGGUCUGGUCUGCUUGUUGACCCAUGUCCACCUAUAGGUUUGCCAAGAUCUACAUCUUUCCUCCCUGGGCCCAGAGGACUGAUUCUUUAUCUCUGUUCAACCUGCAUCUCUAAUUGUCUCUAAGCACUACCUUCCCCAGAGCUUGCUAGGUGGGGUUCCGAGAUUAGGGAUGGAGAAUGGGCAUGUGGAGAAUGGUUGGGAGGGUGAGGGCAACCAGGGGUGUUUCACUGCUGCUGUUUCUCCUGAGGACAUAAUCACGUGGUCAUCUUCGACUCUGGCACUUCCGAAAAGCACUCAUUCUUCCAUGCCAGGGAGGGCAGUUCUCCUCUCUCUUGACUUCUGCCCAUGUUCAUCAUUCAUUCAUUCACUCAUUCAACAAACACAGCCUCCCCAGUAGGAGUUCUCCUGCAGGCAUGGUCUGAAGCUUAUUGAGCACUGUUUAUUGAGUGCCUACUAUGUGUUAGUUACUGUGCCAGGCACUGACUAGCCAGGGGUAAGGGAAACACAGUUCUAACCUGGCCUCAGUCCCCAGAUACGAAGGCCGUGUGCCCUUUUCAAUCUGGCGGAGAAAGUUUUCUCCCUGUAAGUAUUUCUAUCUUUAUCAUCAAACCAGAUUCUGCCCUUAGAUUUCCCUCCCAGAUCCCACCUCCAUACAACACUGACCACAACUAGAGCCCCAGCCCCAUUGCUCAGCUAUGGUUGAUUUCCCUAAACGACCCUUCCUUACCUUCCCUUCCCUCCAACUCUCCUCACCAGCCACCCAAAAGAGGAUUCAGAACUAGGAGGCUGGCACCAACCAGCUACUUUUACCUUUCUCUGCCCAGCACCAGAGUGGAAGAACACUGGAACCUCUGCACCUUCCCUGUGACCCUUACUGUGAACAGAUCCACAUUCACGUGUGUACACAUCUGGGCAUGAGGAUGCAGGUCUUUUCUAGCCUCUCUAUCCACAGCCUCCCUAUCAAUCUUCCCCUCUGUAGCAUCCCCAGGGGAAGACUAGACAGUGACCCUGUCUCUUACCAACACCAUGCUUCAUCCCAGGAACUUGCCCUGAACCUCCAGACACACUUUCCUCUCCCUCCGUUUCUACCCAGGCCACCUCCGGCAUCUAGAACCUUAGAAUCGGAACCAUAGAGGUUACCUCGUGGGGGUUGUGUCCAGCAGAGCUAAUUAACACCAGCCUGGGCUUGCUUCUGCUCUUCCUUGGGCCUUUUUUCAUCUUCUCCUCCACCUCCAAACACAUUUGCACACAGACGCUUUCUUGUACAGACACCCGAACCAACUCCUCUGCCUCCAAGGCUGUGCACCUGUGAUCAGCAGUCACUCCUGCCCCAGUCACUCACCCCUCCCUCAUCCCUGGAGUUGGGCCAGGCUGCCCUGGAGGUGUCCUCCUUUAUGGAAAAUGCAGGCAGGUAGGCGUGCCCCAUGCCCUGAGUCUGCGUGCGUGCCGAGGGAGGACUGCGGGGUGAGAGGGAAAGAAAAGGAACCUCACGACUUCAUGACGCUCACAGAAGAUGGGUUUCUCUUCCCCUGAUUGCACAAACUGCAUGUACUUUUGGCCGGGCUGCGAGGAGCGACAUUGGUUUAUAUCCUUUACAAAGUUACAGAACUGUGUCUUAAGAGAAUUAUUUAUAGUGACUAUAACUGAAUUGACAAAUGUCAACGUAACUGAUAAAUUAUAUUUGGUAAAAUAAAGAGGACGUUUAUUUAG